AUGACAAUAAAAGAUGCUUAUCAAAUGGCUUGGGAAGAAUUAUUAAUUACUGAAAAAGCAUAUAUUGGAAUUUUACAAGAUGUUUAUAAUGUGGUUACAAUGAAUAGGAAUAUUGAAGAUAAUAGAUAUAUCAGUGUCACUCGAGUACCUCAUACAUUGUUGAGAGAAAAGUUACUUGGCAAUUGGUUUGAAUUACUUUCUUUUCAUAAAAAGUAA